AUGGAUGGUGACGAUGUUGAUCUUGAUGCUUUGGCAGCAACGUUGAACAGCAUUAGAAUAUGUCAAAAAUCACUACUUGCUCAUACAUCAGUAAAAUGUGACGGUAAAGCAGCACCAUUUACGAUAUACGGAGGUGCGGAAUGUGAUCAGUUGGUACUGAUCGACAUUGUUCAUCAUCCAGACCUGCUCGGCGUUCUGACAACCAACGAUAUCAUCAUAUCUGUCAACGAUAGGUGUCCUUACCUUUUUGACUAA